ACCUUGGCACUGAAUGGGGCGAAAACGUCAUUUGUUCUUCCAAUAGAAGAGGCCAAAAAGGGGCUACAACUCUUGAGAGAUGCAGGAAUGGAAAAAGUGAACUUUUCUGGAGGAGAGCCAUUUCUACCCAACAGAGGAAAUUACUUGGGGCAGCUUGUUCACUACUGCAAAGAGGUGCUUGCGCUGCCAAGUGUAACAGUUGUCAGCAAUGGAAGUCUCAUCAGAGAACAAUGGUUCCGACAUUAUGGUCAAUAUCUUGACAUUCUCGCCAUUUCGUGCGACUCAUUUGACGAAGCAACAAAUAAGGCAAUUGGGCGAGGCCAAGGGAAUAGAAAUCAUGUGGACAAGCUGAUGAAAAUUUGCAGUUGGUGCCAUGAAUACAAAGUGGCCUUUAAAAUUAACACUGUUGUGAACACGUACAACAUUGACGAGGAUAUGGCUGAGCAGAUUCUCCAUCUAAAUCCGGUCCGAUGGAAGGUUUUCCAGUGCUUGCUUCUGGAAGGAGAGAACGUAGGUGCCGAGGCUCUGCGAAACGCUGAGAAAUUUUGUGUGACUGAUAAACAGUUCCAAGGUUUCGUGGAACGACACAAAAAUAUCCCGUCCCUUGUACCAGAAUCCAAUGUGAAGAUGCAGAACAGCUACCUAAUUCUAGAUGAGUACAUGAGGUUCUUGAAUUGUCAGGAUGGAGCAAAAAAGCCUUCUUUCUCCAUCUUGGACGUCGGCGUGAAAAAUGCAUUGCACAAGUCUGGCUUUGAUGAGACUAUGUUCCAUAAACGUGGUGGUAUUUACAAGUGGAGCAAAGACAGUAUGAAUUUGGAGUGGUGACUCUGAAAUCACUGAUGUAUGAAUUUAUUCUACUUUUUAUGUGCUUUUAAAAAUGGACCCCUCUGAUUCAAGUAUUGUACCUGAGAUAUGCUAAAGUACAUUUUAAUAUAAACUGAAAUUUUUUUAUUUUACUUUAGGGCUAAAGUUACUGUAGCAAAUCAUUUAUCACUGAAUGAAACAGACACGACAUAUUCUGCUUUAAUUUCCAAUAAAAUCUCAUUUAAAUUGAAUUUAA